AUGCUCCACCCUCGACAGCUGUAUCAGAAACCGCAAGGAUUGAGGACCGGUGGUUGGACAGAUUUUAUUUCCGUCUAUGACGCCAUUUUUUCACCCGCCGAACUUGAGUACCUGAGGUCUCUUGAAUCUCGCCACUUAAGCGUCCACGAAAGGCUGAGGUACUUUUAUGCUCUCUGGGCUUUGAAAGAGGCAUAUGUCAAGAUGACUGGCGAGGCGCUACUAGCUGAUUGGAUCCUCGGGUUAGAAUUUCCGAAUUUUAGGCCGCCUCCGCCAGCCUCGCAAGAUCAUGGCGGCGAGAUUCUGGCGCGCGAGGACACGACCCGAGAGAUUGAGGUGCUUAGGGAUGGGAAGCGAGAUUGUGGCGUGAGGAUGAAAUUAAUGAGUCUGGGGAAAGACUACAUGAUUGCAGUUGCGGUCAGGGCGCCUACCACCAUGCUCAACGCGAUCGGCGAUAGCCCUCAGAACUACACGUUCCUCAACCUAGAUGAUAUAUACGCUUAUGCGGAAAGCCGCCUAUUGUAA